AUGUGCCUUGUCACCGUGCUUGGGAACCUCCUCAUCAUCUUGACCAUCAUCUCUGACUCCCACCUCCACACUCCCAUGUAUUUCUUCCUCUCCAACCUGUCCUUCGUCGACAUCGGCUUCACCUCCACCACUGUGCCAAAGAUGCUGGUGAACAUCCAGGCACAGAGAAAAGACAUCUCCUACAUAGGAUGCUUCACUCAGCUCUAUUUUUUUAUAAUUUUUGCUUUACUGGAUGGUUUGCCCCUGACUGUGAUGGCCUAUGACCGGUUUGUGGCCAUCUGCCACCCACUGCACUACAUGGUCAUCAUGAACCCACGCCUUUGUGGCCUCCUGGUUCUGAUGUGCUGGUUUACUGUAGUCUCCUUGUACUACGGGACAAGCCUGGGUGUCUACUUCAGUUCUGCUGUGACCCAUUCUUCCCACAAAAGCUCGAUCGCCUCAGUGAUGUACACUGUGGUCACCCCCAUGCUGAACCCCUUCAUCUACAGCCUGAGGAACAAGGAUUUAAAGGGGACAUAUCAGCUACACAGAAUCAGGAAAAAACACAAAAUACCAGAAUUCCUCCUCCUGGGUCUCUCAGAGGAUCCUGAACUGCAGUCCCUGCUCUUUGGAGUGUUCCUGUCCAUGUACACUGGUCACCAUGCUUGGGUAGCUGCUCAUCACUCUGAUUCCCACUUCCACAACCCCAUGUACUUUGUCUUCUUCAACCUGUCCUUUGUGGACAUCUGCUUCAUCUCUACCACCGUCCCGAAGAUGCUAGUGAACAUCCAGACAUAG